AUGACGCAGUCUGCUCUCCUUAACCAUGAAGUGUAUCUUAUCGACCGGCUUGACAACCAAUCCCGCGAGCGCAUGAGGCAUCUCAGAUGUCUCUGCUUCGUCCGCCCUUCUCCAGACUCUAUACAAUUUCUCAUUGACGAGCUACGAGCGCCCAAAUACGGAGAAUACUAUAUCUAUUUCAGCAAUAUUGUUCGCAAGUCAUCAUUGGAAAGGCUGGCAGAGGCGGACGAUCAUGAGGUUGUGAAAUCAGUACAAGAGCAUUUUGCCGAUUUUCUGGUGGUUAACCCGGAUCUAUGCCAUCUCAAUGUCGGUUUCCCUGGACAGCGGAUCUGGAGCCACUCCCCUGACCUCUGGAAUUCAGAUGCCCUGCAGCGGACCACUGAAGGUGUAAUUGCGCUAUUAUUGUCCUUGAAGAAGACUCCCUUGAUACGAUAUGAGAAAAACAGUCUGAUGGCGAAGAAACUUGCCACGGAAGUUAGGUACCAACUUACGCAGGAAGAUCAACUAUUCAAUUUCAGGAAGCCAGAUACACCCCCGAUUUUACUUAUCCUUGAUCGCCGAGAUGAUCCCAUAACCCCUCUAUUGACCCAAUGGACAUACCAGGCUAUGGUACAUGAAUUACUGGGAAUUACCAAUGGUCGAGUUGAUCUUAGUGAGGUCCCAGAUAUUCGUCCAGAACUAAAAGAGAUUGUUAUUGCUCAGGACCAAGAUCCCUUCUUUAAAAAGAAUAUGUAUCAGAAUUUUGGUGACCUUGGUGGUAAUAUUAAGGAAUACGUCGAACAGUACCAGUCCAGGACAAAAACCAAUAUGAACAUUGAAUCUAUCUCUGAUAUGAAACGGUUUGUUGAGGAUUAUCCGGAGUUUCGAAAGCUUUCUGGGAACGUGAGCAAGCAUGUGGCCCUUGUAGGGGAGUUGAGUAGGAAUAUCGGGGAACAUGACUUAUUAAAUGUCAGCGAGCUAGAACAAAGCUUAGCUUGCAACGAUAAUCAUGCAAAUGAUCUCAAGUCCCUCCAAAGAUUUAUCCAGUCCCCUACCGUAACUGUGGAGAAUAAAUUGCGUCUUGUUGCUCUUUACGCCAUUCGUUACGAAAAGCAACCUUCAAAUACACUUCCAGUUCUUCUUGAUCUCCUCACCGCCGCCGGAAAUGUACCUCUGCAUAAAAUUAACAUUAUCCCUAAGCUCUUAGCAUACCACAAUUCCUUGCAAGCGCCGCCAGUUGCUGGUGGGUUCUCAGACCUAUUCGAGUCAGCCUCCUUCUUAACCGGGGCUCGUGAUCGAUUCAAGGGGCUGAAGGGUGUAGAAAACGUAUAUACCCAGCAUUCUCCACGCUUAGAGGCUACUCUUCAAAACCUGAUAAAGGGCAGACUAAAGGAGCUUCAGUACCCUUUCCUCGAAGGUGGUGGGCACACCCGGGACAAACCACAAGAUAUAAUAAUCUUUAUGGUCGGAGGAGUGACCUAUGAAGAAGCAAAGAUGGUUGCCCAAGUCAACGCUAGCUCUCCUGGAAUUCGGGUAGUCCUUGGUGGGACUUGCAUUCACAACAGCACCACUUUCUUAGACGAAGUGGAAGAUGCUGUAGGCAACUGGCCUGAGCCUCCACCAACAACAGCGGCGGGGCGAUUACGAGCUGAAAUUAACCGAUAA